ACCAAUCUCAGCUUCUUUCCCACACCUAGUCCAGACCCUUUCAGUGAUGAUCCUUUUGCACAGCCAGACCAACCUACACUGCCUUUAUUUGAUUCUCUAAAAUCUGCUGAUCAGAAGGAAAGUCUGAGUACCUUGACACCAGUGGGUAAUGGUGCUUCAAAUGGUGAUAUUGACUACUUUGGUAAACAGUUUGACCAGAUUUCUAAUAGAACUGGCAAACAAGAAGCGCUAACAAACCAGUGGCCAUUUGAGAGUAAGUUGCCUGCAGCAAGAACUUCAAAUGGGGUACCAGAGAGAGAACAGAAUGGCUUUCUUAAAGCCCCAUCAAACCUGUUUGUGCAAGGUCCUUCCAAAGGAGUAUCUCUGCAGAAUGGAGUAAAGCUGGAUUCUGAAAGCAAUAUCCAGCUCAUGUCACAUGAGUCUAUAACAAUUAGCCCACCACCACAAAGUACCAAGCCAGGAAGAGGAAGGAGGCCCAUCAAGACUGCAUUGAAUGACUUGUUUAGCUCAGACUUGUUUGUGCCAACUACAGAGAGCCUUGGCUUGACCUCAGUGGCACAGAUGGGACCUGUGCCAACUAAUCCACUGGACCUCUUCAAAACAAGUCCUACCACAGCACCUCCAUUGGCUGAUCUAGGUGGCUUGCCAGUAACUUCAUCACCAUGGAGUGUACAGACAUCUGCCUUCACUCAAGCUGCAUCAGUCUUUCCUGUGUCUAUGAUGCCUGCUCAGCCUACAGGAUUUACUCAAGCAGUGCCAAGCUGGAGCCAGCCUGCAUCUUUUGAUCUAGCAGCCUCUCAGACCUCUGGUCUCUGGGCACAGCCAGCACAAGUUCCAUCUACUUUAUGGGCACAGCCAUCCAGUGCUGUAAAUCCCUUCCAGAGUAGUGUGUUCCCAUCUUCAACACUACCUGCACAGACCUCAUCUGUACUGCCCUCCAUGUCAACAACUAGCCCACUUCAGCCACCACCUAGAACUGCACCUCAGCAGGAGCUAUCCAAGAGAGAGAGUGAUGCUUUUAUUGCUCUGGAUCCACUUGGUGAUAGAGAGAUGAAGGAUGUCAAGGAAAUGUUUAAAGACUUCCAGCUGACAAAGCCACCUGCAGUGCCAGCAAGGAGAGGAGAGAAGCAAAGCCUUUCAGAACCACCAAAGCCUGUUCCCCGACAAACUGUGCUGCCAGCUGAUGAUCUAUUUGAAAGUCAAGCUAAACCAGACCUGUUCAGUGCCUCAUCUAAGGAAUCUCAGAAACAACCUUCUGGUCCUUUUGGUGAUCCUUUUGGUAACCCAUUUGCAUAG